AUGAACGAUGAAUUUCUUGAACCUUUAUUUACUUCAAACGAGCAAAGUUUGCUUUUCUCAGCUAUAGCUAUUGGACAAUUAAUUGGCACUUUACCAAUUACUAAAAUUUAUACUCGAUUUGGGUUAAGAAAAUUACUGGCUACUUAUGGAUUUAUCAGUUCAUUAUCGACACUUUUAAUUGUACCGAGUAUUUACUUGGGGGGAUUUCAUACACUUUUGAUUUUGCGAAUUUUUCAAGGAUUUGGAUUGGCAGCUAUUUGGUUAGCUACUGGAUCAAUUAGCGCCCAUUGGUCCCCAUUAUCAAAUUCUGGUAUUUUCCUCGCUGUUUUAACCUCCAGUUUUCAACUUGGCCCAAUAACUGCAAUGCCUUUGUCUGCCGAAUUUUGCUCGUCAGAAAUGUUUGGAUGGCCAGCAGUUUAUUAUUUAUUGGGAACAAUUUCUUUGUUCCUUUUUACAAUUUUUUAUUGGAUUUAUAGAGAUUCCCCUAGAGAACACGAAUUCCUUUCUGCUCAGGAAUUGUCAAUUAUAGAAGAGGGAAAGUCUUUAAAAGAUAUUUCUGUUGGACGUAGAAGACGUGGAAAGGAGAUUAAACAAAAAACCCUUUAUAUGGCUAUUCUUAAAGAUUCAGCCUUUUGGGGCGUUUAUUUGUGCAGUGCUACAAGUAAUCUGGCAUUUCAAGUAUUUUGGCAAUUUGGACCGAUUUAUUUGAAUAAAGUAAAAUUAAAUAAUGGCACUCCUAACGUUUAA